AUGAAGGGAUUGGAGCUAACCCUAACUCUGACCCUGCUGCUACUCAACUUCAACCCCAGGACAGCACUACCCCCAGACCCCAGCAUUUCAUGCUGCACUCAAGUCUUUCGAAAGAACCUCCCCAGUAAACUACUUCGGAAUAUCAUCCAGGUAGAACUACAAGAGGCCAAUGGCGACUGUCAUAUACAGGCUUAUGUGCUGCACCGAAAUCAUGGACUACCUGUUUGUAUCCACCCAAAGAACCGUUCUCUAGCUCGGUGGUUGUCCCGAAACAAGAUAAGGCAGAAGGAUCAUGGUCCUAGGCCCAGGCUCAACCCAACUCCUUAA